UCUCAACUCAACCAAGUUGACAGUAAAUCAGUUACCCAAACAUCCCAAACAAGCUAGCGAGAGCAAGUGCUGAGAAAAAAAGGCCGAGCACAAGAUGCAAGCCGGGAGGAGCGCGAUGGAGGCGACGAAGGAGGCGGCGGCGAACGUGGGCGCGUCGGCGUACUCCGGCAUGGAGAAGACCAAGGCCACAGUGCAGGGCCAGGUGGAGAAGGCCACGGCCCACGACGCGGCCGGCAAGGCCGCGGCCGAGGCGAGGCGGCAGGAGCGCGUGCGCGGCGCCGAGGAGGAGAAGCAGAACGCGAUGCUCGCCAACGCCGCCGCCAAGGAGCGGGCCAGCGCCGGGAUGUACCACCCGUCGCAGGGCGCGCCGGGGAUCGCCCAGGGCGGCCGCCCCGCGGGGGGCCUCGUCGAGGACGGCGUCGCCGAGAGCGGGCCCAUAGGCAGGGCCACCGGCACCGGGAGGCCCAGCGCGGCCCAUAACCCGCGCGUCGGCAGCGACUUCCCGCAGGCGCGCGGCACCGGCGGGCAGUACCAGUGAGACUGAGAGAUCCAAACUGUGUGCGUAGGAGUACGUAACUGACGGGACCAGGCGUGUUACGAAUAAGUUUACGUUUGUGGAAUAAUUACAUGUUUUUAAGUUCGAAACGGACGAGGAAAAUGAGAUCUACUCCGGUUCUAAAUUGUUGCGAAAUAUUACAUGUAUCUGUCUUUAUUUUAAGAAUAGAUACAUUCAUAUUUGAAAAUUUUAAGUUAUAAA